AUGGAACCAGGCUAUGCCUAUAUUAAAGAAAGGAUAUCCCCCAUAUACCACGCAUCACCAUCCAAAACUACAGUAUCCCUACCAUUGCUCGCUAAGAAGUUACCAGCAACUGUUCUCUCUGGACUAAGAAAAGACGGGGAAGUUAAGGGAAAGGAGAAAAGCCUUUCGGAAAAGCAUUAUGGAGACACGAGAUCAACUAGCUCUCCGAAUGACCCGACCAGUUUAACAAAUUACGGGGCGGUUAACGGUUUCACCGGAUCUGAAAUUUUGUCCAGAUCGGUAUCAGCAACUCAUAUCAAAGAUUUUGAUGUAGAUACUAGUGCUCCAAAUCAAGAUGCUGACUCUGGUCCUGAGAUCGGUUCAAAUGCAAAUGACUUAGUCAUGUCAAAGAACAGCUUGAGUCAAGAUGGCACAAGCUUAUCAACAUCUGCGAACAGUCCAAAUUCAACAUAUCUUACAACACCGGUAUCAACUUCAUUAAAUACAAGCUCGAACGCUUCUAGUGGCAAAGGGAAUCUUUCAAAAAGUAGGACAAGAAACUCCAGAUCACUGUCACCGACUUUAGUAGUCUCUUCAAACGGCCAAUUGCUUACAAAUCUGUCUACGAAUUACAAUUCCAAAGCAUCCACAAAAAACUCCAAUGCGGACAAAGUCCGUUAUAUAAUGGUCGAUACAACGACAGUAUCUCGGCUAGUCAACGAGCCAGGGUGUAAACUGGUCGAGUCUUCAAUCGAAUUAGAGGGUUAUGAGGUAUAUAUUGUUGAGCAAUGGGCUUGUGAGAGGAAGCUUAAUGCAUCGAUUACAAGUUACACUGGAAAUACGGCACACAAAAUUAGGGCAAGUGUCCUAUCUUUACCAAAGGACACAAAUAUGUGGUCAGACGUGAUUAGAGCUCAUUUUGAUGAGCUUUUCAAGUUGCAUUUGAGACCAAAGGAGACGGGUCAUGGACUUUUGUUUGUAUCAAACUUGUCAAGUUUUCCAUCGAAUUUGAAUAUUGUUCCUGUGCCAGAUGGAGACAUAAGCAAAGCAACCGAUUAUUUUGAUGUAAAUGAAGAUUUGCGGAGGACAGGAUGUGGUGGUAGGUUGGUUCUCACUAUUGGCGCGCCCCCUGAUUCGUGUUCUGACAAGUUCAAACAGUUGUUCAAGACUCAUGACAAAGUACCAAUAAUGUUUGCCGUUCGCGAGUUAGUGACUUUGGUUCAGAUUGGCUUGUAUUAUUGCAAUUUACUUGAGCCACAACUGGUAGAUGGCCUUUUGUGUAAUGCAUCCGUUCGUGCAAUCUCUAAUUGGUGGGAUGAGAUGGGCAAAAUGCGAUAUCGGGCUUAUCCAAAAGACGGAAUGCUCGGGCCUACGACGGUAUCGGCAAUUAUUGGUUUUAUUACAGGAAUUAGAAGUAGACUUGCGUCGCUGAAUUACAAACCACCCAAAGAUCCAUUUGAUGCUGAGGAGUUUAUUACGUGUAUUAAGCAAUUUCAGAAGCAUGAGAGACUGCCAAGAACAUCGAGGUUGGAUAUCGAAACUAUUCGGAGGUUAUACAGUUUGACUAGUAGUAAAGGUACAAAUUCCGAUUUGUUUGGAAUUGUUAAAAGUACUAUGAAGGAGGUGUCGGGUAAACAGGUCCAAAAUGUUGCGGAUGCAGAAGUUCUUGAUAUUGAACGAUUGCUGAAUCAUUUACAGGGCCGACGUGCACGCUACCUGUGGCUUGGGAAGGGCCAUAUGAGGACAAUAAUGUCUGGUGGUACAUCAACAACGGGGAUACCGCUCGAAGCAUUGACUGUAUCCGAAAUUAGUAGCUCUAACUUGGAUAUAAAAAAAGCUAUGAGAUCAGUGCGGAAGCCUACACAGGUACGAUAUCGAGUCAACGGAACUAGAUCAAAUGUGUCCUUGGAUAAUGAAAAUUAUGAGGACGAGCAACACAAUUUCAAGCCUCCAGCAACUUUGACUGAAGAACAACAGCCAUGGCUGUAUGAAAAUACGGGCAAGCAACGCUCUGCCGCAAGUUCGAAGAGAUCACAUCGAUUUAGAAAAUACCUUAGCGUGUCUGGCAAUAGUACGACUAGCAGUGCCAUCACACCUGUAGAUAGCUCUUUUCGUUCCCCUUAUUCUACAUCUGACGAAGAUUUGGCUACCGGUAACUAUGAAUCUAGUGAGGAUGAAGGUGAUGUCGCUCCUACCGAAAGUGAUCAUCUCGACAAAAGUCAGGAAGUGAAGGAUGAUAGUAGAAUAUGUCAAUUUGAUACAGAUGGACUGAUCUGCUGCCAACAAGCUCAUGAUGAUUGUUCCUUAGGUAAAUUCGUCGAUAAUGAUGAAAAAAAGAUGGAUAGAUAUAACCUUAGGAGGACACAAAGUUUCAGUAUUGUUGAAGAGGUUGUACUUAAGUGGAAAUUCGACAGACCAGCUCCAAAGCUUGCAAAAACGUACCUUUCCGCCAUGAGGACCAGGCAAAAGCUUGUAGGUGAGGUCUCUCUUUUGGGUGAUAUUUCACAUAUGUAUGACCAGAAAAUCAAGUCGAUGAGUCUAUUCUUGAAUAAAGACAAGAUUCUCGUUAAUGGCUUGAAUAGUCGUGUGCAAGGGGUGAUGGAAAAGGAAAUAAAUGUCAAAAAUCUGAUUAAUGACGUUGAUGCACUUGUAGCAAGGCUGCAUUACGAGAGUAGGAUGCUGACAUCUAAGCUACGAGAUGUUGAGGAAUCAGUUGACGCAUUUGCAUUGAGAGUUCUUGAAUUGGAGUCCAGGAUUGAUCGCAUGGACAAGACGAAAAAGGAGUAUCUCGGAGAUAUACCCCAGGAGUAUGGAUAUACAGAGUCGCUCCUGAAGAGAUAUCUGGGCUGGCUACCUCCUUUACAGAAGUACCUGACUCCUUAA